AUGGAUCAAAAAGCUACAUAUAGGACUAGUGUUCGUAGAUCAACUGUGUAAGUUAGUGGAAGCCCUUCAAAUAUGUAUAGACCUGAAUAUUGUAAUAUCAAAUAUAAUCGUAUUAGAGGUUGA